AUAUAUGCUUAAGCUAUGAAACCCCAAUCGCUUUACGCCUUCUUUCUUCUUCAUUUUUUCAUCGCUUUGCAAUGCAAAGCGGCGCCAGAACAUGAAUCUACGACCACCGGCCGAACCAUCGUUUUUGCGACGCUUGACCGAUCAGAAUACGCUUGGGACAUCUUUACGCUUCCAACUUCCGACCCACCAAAUGCUUCAAAUGAAUUUCGGGUUACAGACGGUGAAUCCGUCAACUUCAACGGCCACUUCCCGUCGUCCUCGCCACCUUCUAUCAUCAAUCUUCGUCACAACCGAAGCCUAAUUCAGGCACCUAAAGCUCCGCCGGCGCUCCAACUCAUCUAUGUGACGGAACGCAACGGGAUGUCGAAUAUUUACUAUGACGCGCUUUAUUACAGCGCGUCACGAAGUACUAGAUCGAGAUCGAGGUCGGCACUUGAAAUUCCGGUCCGAGUUCAGGCUCCUUUGUUGGGUUCAGAAGAAAGCAAGAAUCAGGUUUCGAUGAAAGAUAAGCCGAGUUUGAGUGGGCAGAAUUUAAUUUAUGUGUCAACUCAUGAGGACCCGGGUCAACCUAGGACGAGUUGGGUUGCUGUGUACUCCACUCAUUUAGGGACCGGGUUGACUCGACGACUCACUCCUUACGGAGUAGCCGAUUUCAGCCCCGCCGUGUCUCCAUCUGGGGUUUGGACAGCCGUGGCUUCGUAUGGGAGAGAAAGAGGUUGGGAUGGGGAGAUUGAAGAACUAAGUACUGAUAUUUAUGUUUUCUUGACUCAUGAUGGGACUAACCGAGUCAAGGCUGUUGAACACGGUGGGUGGCCGUGUUGGGUUGAUGACUCGACUCUGUAUUUCCACAGGAAAAGUGAAGACCAGUGGAUGAGUGUUUAUAAAGCAACUUUCCCUAAAUACAAACCAGUUUCUACCAAGUCAGUGACGAUUCAGCGAGUCACACCACCGGGUCUCCACGCUUUCACCCCAGCUACUUCCCCAGGUAACCAUAAGUUCAUAGCAGUAGCUACAAGAAGACCCAAUUCAAAUUUUCGUCACAUAGAGUUGUUUGACACUGUCAAAAACGAGUUUAUUGAGCUAACUCGACAUGUUUCUCCUACUACCCAUCACUUCAACCCGUUUAUAUCACCCGACUCAGCCCGAGUUGGAUACCAUAAGUGCAGGGGAGAGAAUCAUGAAGGGAAAGCACAAUUAUUACUUGAAAAUAUUAAAAGUCCAGUGCCGAAUCUCUCUCUGUUCAGAGUCGACGGUUCAUUUCCUACUUUCUCACCCGCGGGUGACCGAAUUGCCUACGUGGGUUCCACUUCUCCUGGUAUUUAUGUAGUGAACCGGGACGGCUCGAACAUGCUCCAGGUUUUCCCCUUCAAUGCUUUUGCAACCGCAUGGGACCCGGUCCGGAAAGGAAUUGUAUACACAAGUGCCGGACCGGGGUUUUCUAGUGAGAGUACUAAAGUUGAUAUUAUGGCCAUCGACGUUGAUGACUUUACCCAAUCAAAUUAUAGAAGGUUGACCGCAAAUGGUAAAAACAACGCAUUUCCCUCACCAUCACCCGAUGGUAAACGGAUUGUUUAUAGGUCGAGUCGAUCGGGUCACAAGAACUUGUAUAUAAUGGAUGCAAUCGAAGGAGAGAAAGGCGGGAUUGAAAGAUUAACGAAUGGUUCAUGGAUUGAUACCAUGCCUAAUUGGUCACCAAACGGUGAUUGGAUCGCAUUUUCUUCGGAUCGGCAUAACCCGGGUUCAGGUAGUUUCGAGAUGUACCUAAUCCAUCCGAACGGUACCGGAUUAAGGAAGUUCAUUCGUAGCGGGUCAUCCGGUCGGACAAUGCACCCGUCAUUUAGUCCGGAUGGAAAGAUGAUAACGUUUACUACGGAUUAUGCAGGAAUAUCAUCUGAGCCAAUCUCAAAUCCACAUGACUUAGGUCCAUAUGGUGAGAUAUACACGAUCAAAUUAGACGGCUCCGAUUUGAAGAGGCUUACCCACAGUCUUUACGAAGAUGGGACCUCUUCGUGGGCCCCAUUUUACAUCAAUCCUGAUGACGUGGAGUGGCCGAAGAGGGGCCAUUGUGCUUUUGAGGAUUGUCAUUGGCUCAAUAAAGUGCCAGGCCGCGGCGGCACCACCACAUCGGGACCAAGCCUCAAUGCAGUGUACGAUUCUAAGCAUAUAACUAUGUGUAACGGAGUUUUUGUUGGAUCUUAGGAUUUUUCGCAGCUU